GAAAUAGGUAGUACAUAAAUAUUAUUAAGCAAUUUAAUAUUUUAAAGAAACCAAAAUCAUGCGCAACACUAGAUAAAAGUUGAGGUUUUAAAUAGAAAUAUAGAAAACUAGUAAAAAUAACAUUGUGAAGGAAACAAAUCAUUAGUUUUAACCAGCAAAGUGGUCUCAUCAUUCUCGACAUUUAUGUGGUUACUUGGCUUUGGUGCUUGUAUGGAACACAUAAUUGACUUUAAUUCGUUAAUGUUAAUGAUAACGCAUUUUGUGAAACGCAGCAAUCCAGUCAUCAAAGAUGUCUCUUUAUGACGACUUAGAUACGAUAAAAACACGGACCACAGAAAAAGUAGCGGCAUGGUCUUCAGGAAUUAAGUUACUACAGUCACAGUUACAACUAAAAAAAGCAGCAGUUACACAACCUAAACGAGAAGCCUUGCGUCGUUCCACACAGGUGCUAACGCCAGUCAUCGAUUUAAAGAGCAAAUCAAAAGAUGAAGAAGAAUCAAACUCUAGUAGUCCCAAGAUUCAGCCUAAAACAAUAACUGCUUCACUAAAUGUCCGUGAUUUUGAUUGGAAUGUGGCCAAUGAAUAUGACCCAAUGUGGCCUAAUGAUUAUGAAAAAGUUGCAAAAGAAUUGCAAGCAAAGAGGCUUCAGUCAGAUGACAGAGGAGACAGGUUGGAUAGGAAACGAAAGAGCAGGUUUGGUGAUGAUGAAGACAUAAUUCCAGAGAAAACUCUAGUUGCAAUGCAACCUGAAGAGGAGGAAGCUGAGGAGAUAUCAAAGAGAGCUACUGGAGUUGCUAUAGCUCCUCCACCUUCUCUGACUACAGAAUCUUCAUCACCACCCCCAAUUAGUGCUCUACCGCAAGCAACCGCAUCAGCUGGGUUCUCCAUCGGUGGUUAUGGCGCUAGUUCAGUAGCUGCAAAGAUAAUGGCAAAAUAUGGAUUUAAGGAGGGUCAAGGGUUGGGUAAAAAAGAACAAGGAAUGUCGGUGGCCUUGCAAGUCGAGAAGACUUCAAAACGCGGUGGUCGAAUUAUUCAUGAGAAAGACAAUAACGUGAUGCCACCACCAGGCUUUACAAUGCAAGCGCCCGCUGGACCAGAUUCGCCAAAUACAUCAUCUAAUUCACCGCUUCUGUCAAGAAACGAGCCAUCAAUAACUGAAAUAAUGAAGACACCAAGCAAAGUUGUAUUGCUUAGAAAUAUGGUUGGUCCAGGCGAUGUUGACGAAGAACUAGAGCCCGAAGUCAAAGAUGAAUGCAACACAAAAUAUGGAGAAGUAGUCAAAGUGCUCAUUUUUGAAAUGCCGAAUGUACCGUCAGAUGAAGCAGUUAGAAUAUUUGUUGAAUUCAAACGAAUUGAAAGUGCUAUUAAAGCAGUAGUUGAUCUUAAUGGACGUUUCUUCGGUGGGAGACAAGUUAAAGCUGGUUUCUAUGACGUAGAAAAGUUUAAUUCACUACAAUUGAUAGAAUGAAAUAAAU